AUUUUUCAGGUGAGGAAACAGAGGCUCUGGGAGCUCUUUCCUGAAGCCACUCGCUGUCCGCCGGGCCGGUGGCGUUCACCCCGCACCGCGCUGCCCCGCCCGGGGCACUAUGGCCUGGGGCUGGACUAUGCCUUCCCCACCUCAUCCGGCGCCCCCAACCCACGCGCGCUGAGGGUGCGGCGAGCUGAGUGCGGGGCCAAGCAUGUUCCGGCGUCGACCUCGCCCAGGGGCCCAGGAGAUGGCGCCCAAGAGGCUCCCUGGCGACGGCGACUUCCGACGCAGCAGCGACCCGCGGCUGCCCAAGCUGACCCCGCCCGCGCUCCGAGCGGCCCUGGGCGCGCGGGGCUCCGAAAGCUCGAGGAUCCCGGAGGGCAGCGCCGCGUGGUGGCCGGAAGGGGACGCCGAGCCCGGGGUGGGCGUCGGACUCCUCCCGCCGCGCCUGCCCGCCCUGCUCACCGAGACCCGGCGGGCCGUGCGGAAGCGGGGGCUGCUGCGGUCCCUGCUGCUGCCUCUCCUGCUGUCGGCCGGCGCGUCCCGGGAAUCGGCGCCCAGGCAGCUCGGGCCUGGAGAGCGCGAGCGCCCCCGGAGGGGCGUGGCCAGGGAGGACCCCGACUUCUUGGGCGCCUUCCUAGGAGAGCUCCUCCCCAGCCGGUUCCGUGAGUUCCUGCACCAGCUCCAGAAGUGCGCCGAGGAGCCGGAGCCACUGACAUCCCCAGCACCGCAACAUCAAAGGGGUGUGUUAGAGCACUGCCCAGGGUCUCCGCGGUGUCCCAACUGUUCGUUCCUCCCAGACGUGUGGGGCCAGUCAUCGAACCUCCAGGAUAGUCUUACGAAGAUUUCGCUCCAGCAGACACCUACUCUGGGGCCCCUGAAGGGUGAUCACUCACAAUUCACCACUGUCAGAAAGGCCAACCACAGGCCCCACGAUGCACAGGUCCCCAAGCUCAAGGCUGCCCUGACCCACAACCCCUUGGGGGAAGGCUCUAGGCCCUGCAGGCGGCGUUGCCCUUUCCGGGUGCGAUUCGCUGACGAGACCCUGCAGGACACAACGCUCCGCUACUGGGAGCGCAGACGCUCAGUCCAACAGAGCGUCAUUGUGAACCGGAAGGCCGCCUUGCCAGUGGCGUCAGAGCGGGUGUUUGGGAGUGUGGGAAAACGGCUGGAGAGUUUGCCCAAAGCCCUAUACCCUGGGGCCAAGGAGGAGACCCUGACCAGCUCCUCGUCCUGGGACUGCACUGGCCUGUCCACCAAGAAGCCACAGGGCUACCUUUCUGAGGACACCUCCGUGAACGGCAGCCUGCCCUUCUGUUCAUGGAAGAAGGCCGCUGCUCAGAGGCCGCAAAGCGGCCUCCGAGCCUUCUUGGACCCCCACGGCCACCUGGAGCAGGAGUCCCUCCUGCCCAACCGGGUGCUGCAGUCGGUCCUGAAGCAAGGCCGCCCUAAGGGGUACCAGCUCCUCCUGGCCUCCGCAACACUGCAGCCAGAUCAGAGGUGAACACUCGCGAGCCCAAGGCCAGGGGCACACAGGGGCCAGGCAAUGAGGAGCGUCCUUCCUUGCCCCACAAAUAAAGGCACAUCCCAGGUGGCUGGGACCUGCCAGUAGGUCUCACACCACAA